UCGAGUUUAGUUAGCCGCGCGUACUCGAAGUAAAUACUUGCGUGUAUAUAUAUAUAUGUCUAUAUAUAUAUAUACGUAUCUUCGUUUCGCGUCGUCGUUUCGCGACGUAGCCAAAGGGGAACGAGAGAAGUGCGCGUACGUCGAUAAAUAAGAGAAUAAUAAAAGUAAGAGAGAGAGAGAGAGAGAGAGAGAGAAAGAGUGAGAAGAGAAGAGAAGAGUGGAAAAGAGAGAGAGAGAGAGAGAGAGGGGAAAGAACCCGAGUUGUGCGCGUAUCUCGCUAGUGAGUUUCUUCCUCGUUUGAGAGGAAUCGUCCUCGUUUCUUCUUCUUAUUGUUUAUUAUGCGGAUUAAAAGCUAUUCGUAACUUCGCUCUACGUUGUGUUGAAACAGUGAUUGGGAGAAGGAAAAAAAAAAAGAAGAGGAAGAAAUAAGCAAAGAAAAACACACGCCAUUCAAACGAACGUUUACACACGUACACACAUUCACUCGCACGAGGAGAGAGAGAGAGAAAGAAAGAAAGAAAGAAAGAAAGAAAGAAAGAGAUACACGCAGAUAAUACACAGUGAAGAAGAAGUAGAAGUAAAUAAGAAACAAAAAGGACGAAAAACGACGAUACGGUGGUGUUGUUCCGCUUGGGAAGUCGAAAAAUGCGAAGGGGACGAAGCGUCGCGUUACGCCGCCUCCUCGUCGUCGUGGCCCUGCUCUCUCUUUCUGCAGCUGCCUACGCUUUACCAGGUAACGACAACAAGCGAUCAAGGACGUGCGACAUCUCGGACGCGAAUAACAUCUCAUGCUCCAAGCAUGAAAGAUGCGUCCAGAAAAAAAUCAAUGAAAAGAUAGAAGGGGUGUGCGACUGCGAACAAGGUUACGAAUACGUAAAGGAUGAUGAGUGCUGGCCUAGUGUAUCGCUGAUUCCAAUUAAUUCGACAACUGUCAGACUGGAUCACGCAGAGGAUUCAGGAGGUAGUUCAGUAGCCGCUGGUCUUUUGAUACCAACCUUCCUGAUAAUAAUUGGCGUCGUACUGUAUUUCGGUGCGAGACGAUACAGAUGGCUCCAACGAUUUCGACAAUAUCGACAACGACGUUAUGGCAACGUCCUAGUCACAAGAAACGACGAUGACGAUGACGAUCCUCCAAUAGCGUAAGAAGAAAUGAAAAAUGUUUGGAAAGGAAGAAAAUAAGAGAGAAAGAGAGAAAAGAAUAUACGUAUGUGUAAAAAGAGAGAGAGACAGAAAAAGAAAGAAAAGAAUGCUUGGAUCGAGACGCACCUGCUCGCCAUGAUAAGAUAGAUCAUCAUCGAUAGACGACUAGAAUAUUUAUAUACAUAUUAUAAUAUGGAAUGUUUCGAUCGCCAGCAAAAUACAGUAAACGUCGCAUUGUUUCUUUGCAUGUGCGUUAUUGUAUGUCGCUCUUGUCGUCUAAUUUUUCUUCUGUAUAAUUGAUUUUUUUUUUUUUUUUUAUUAUACAUAUACAAGAAAUAACAAAGACUUACGAUCGAGCAACAACAAUUAUCGAACAUAGCAAGUGAAAUGAAUCGAGAAGCCAAAUGUAAAGAGGCACUUGAGCGAGUAACGAUUUUUUUAUACUAUUCUCAAUAUCAGCGGUAUGUGCCUUCUCUUAUGGUUAAUCCGCUUCUAAUGGUAUCGUUUUCAAUUCUUUAACUAUUAACUAUUCGUUCCUCAUUCAAGUGCAGCUAUAUAUAUAUAUAUAUAUAUAUAUAUAUAUAUAUAUAAUAUAUAUAUAUAUACAUAGACAAAACAUAGACACAUAUUCAAAUUUGAGUGGGUGCAAUGCGACGAACUGCACAUUUGAUAUUCUCAUUAAGAUAUACUAUCAUCGAGUGUAUGAUUUUUUAUAUUAAUAUUAUAAUAAUAUUAAUAUUAGUAUGUUGGUAAAUUUCAUUUAUAUAUAUAUAUAUAUUGUCAAUAAAUUCAAGAAAAUUAAUUAAAGCAACUCAACGAGUUCUACUAUAAAUAAGAUGACAACUAUAAUAGAAUCGUAUUGAAUAUCAUUAUCUUUCAUUUUCUAUAUGAUUGUGUGCUUUUGUACUCAAUAACGCAAUGAAUACGAAACACAUAACGCGAUUGUCUAUAUCUGUUGUCAUAACGUAUUGAGUUUAUUCUUAUCAAAUAUGAAGUUCCGAUAAAUAUUUUAAACACUUUGACUAGAUAAAAUAAUGUAUUUCUUUUCUUUUUUUUUUUUAUAUUUUUUUUCUAUUUUUUUUUUUUUUUGUAUAAUGAACUAAAUAUAUUUUUUGUACGAUAUGAUGUCAUAACCAACGGCACCAUUCUUGUCGUAAUCGCAUUACAUUCGAUGAUUGAAUAAUUAUUUCCUCAUAUAGUCUUGCUGCUUGGAGAAUUAUUUUAAAUCUGGAUGACUCAUAACGAUGAUCUGUCUUAACAAAUGUUGUCGUCGUUUACCAAAGAAUCGGUGAAUUCAAAUGUAACCAUUGGUUCCUUGUCGAGCGGACGGUGCGAAAUAAUGAUAUAUAUAUAUAUAUAUAAAAGAAAGAAAAGAAAAUGAUAAAAAAAAAGAAGGAAAGAAAGAAAAGGAAAACGAGAAGAAAAGAAAACACCAUUAACGAGAAGUUAACUUUUCAAUUGUAAGACAUAUGGGAACACACACACCUGCUUUUAUACCAAAACGAUAUUGAAUUUUAUAAUCGUGCUCAAUGUCUUCUUUUUCUCUGUAAUAUAAUAAGGAAAAUUUGUAAAUAUUCUUUUUUAACAAAUGCGGCAGUAUAUUUCUUGCCAAUAAUUCAUGUCCUAUAUUGUAAUCUAGAAGAAGAUUAUAUUCUUGAGGUGCACGAGCUUCCGCUCGCAGAUAAUAAUUGUGGAGCACUUGCGACAUAUUACAUUUAUACGUAUGAUAUGUAUAAUUAUAUGUAUAUAUACAUAUAUAUAUAUGUAUAUGUAUAUAUAUAUGUAUGUAUAUGUAUAUGUAUAUGUAUGUACGUACGUUCUUGCGCAUAUAUAUACGUGUGUAUAUUCACAUGGAUGUAUGCGCGAUUCGUACGACAUGUAUAUGUAUGUAUACAUAAAUAAAUAUAUAUAUAUAUAUACGUAUAUGUAUGUAUGUCUACAUAUAUACGUGUACAUACAUAUAUACGCGUGUAACCUAUUCUUGUACUCUAUCAUUUUUGUACAGAACUACGCAUUAUAAGCGAGAUAGAUAUGAAUUCUGACUUUUAUAAGCAGAGUAAAAGCGGAUUCGUCUGCAUUAUGGCAAGAUUUAAUAUUUUUAUAGUUCGCAAGCCCAAACUUUAGUGAUUACGAAUGGCAUUCGCGAAUUAUUAUUAUUAUAAUUAUUAUUAUUAUUAUUAUUAUUAUUAUUAUUAUUAUUAUUAUUAUUAUUAUUAUUAUUAUUAUCAAUUAUUAUUUUUAAGUUAUCUAUUUGCUGCGACGAUUUAUAUUCUGUAAUAAAAAAAAAAUCAAUUAAUUACGCGAGGACUCUUUUGUUUAUUUGUUGUGUCGUGCAUCUAUCAGGUCGUUGUCAAUGUCGCAUCGCAGUGAUUUGACUGAAUAACGUAAUAUCAUAACUGUUAAUUGUUUUUAGCAAUAGCCACGCAUACGCAAAUCUUCAUUGAAUUAUGUUAUAUACUUGUUACAGUAUUAGUCAUCCCUGUUUAGCUGAGGUGAUCUUACGAAUGUUUAAUUUUGGGCUUCCUUCAAUUUUUUUUUCGUUUUUUUUUUUUUUUUUUCGUUUAGAAAUAAGAUGUAUAUUUUGUGUAUCCGUGGUUUUUUUUUUUUAGUAAGUUGUACAUUUUUACUCUGUGAUGUGCAUUAUGUUAUCAUUUAACAGUAAUUUGUUAUUGACUGAGACACACUAAUUUUUUUCUUUUCUUGGCACAAGCUGAUGUCUACGUAUAUUAUAUCGUUAUUCACAAAUUAUUCUUCUUCUUAUUAUUUUUCUUUUUUUUUUUUUUGUUUUUUUAUUUUUUUCGUAAAUAAUGCCUGGCGUCAUACAAAUAUUUUUAAAUAUACUUCUCCGUAUAUUUGAAAGUUACUAUAAUUAUCCAUAAGUCUAUAUAUACAAAUCGUUUGGUUCCAAUGUAUUGAUUAGAAUGUAAAAGAUAUACUUUCAGACGUGCUGUUUACUCAUUGGUAUAUACGGAGAAGGCCUAAUAAUGUUUUUACGUAAUUUAUUUCAUUUGUAUUAUAAUAAUAAACAUUUUCAAACUUCUUACUGA